CCGAUGCAUCUUGGGGUGUCUGGGACCCCUAUUACCCAUACUUGUGACAACAUUGAUUAUUAAUAUUUUAAAAUCUUUUUUCUAACGUUUUCAUAUUUAAAAGUGAAUUAAAUUCAUUUUUUCUGAAAUUUCAAUAGAAGUUAAUCAGAGAUAUGAAUUCAGAUUCUAAACUAUGUCAGGGUAAAGAUGUCUUGGAACGAAUGAAUUAUUUAUAUCAGGCAAGUCGUCUAAUGGCACUAAAAAAUAGAGUAGCUGCAUCAUUUUAUGGCAAUGUGAUGAUUGGAUGCUCAAAGAAAUCUGUUUUACGAAUAGAAUCGGAUAUAAAAAAGACAAUUUGUAAAUGCUGUCAAUCUCCACUUAUACCUGGUAAAACAGCAAAAGUAAGAUUGGUUUCAAAACCACAAAAGGCUGUAAAAUGGACAUGUUUAACAUGUUUAAGUAUUAAAAAGUAUCCUACAAAAAAAGGAUACAGAUUAUGGACAGAGCAACCUAAUUCAAUAGUUCAAAGUUUUAAUUAUGCUUCAAAAACUAAUACAGAAAUAAACAAAACGGAUGUAAUAAGUACAUCAGGGAGGUAGUGUUUUGAAACAUAGGUAUUCAUCUGCAUUUGUAAAAUAUUAACUGUGUUCAUUUCCUAGAGAUCCUAGAUUAAUUAAGAAUAAGGCAUUGAAUUAAUUUGUACACUUAAUAGAUUUCAACAUAGAUUUUAUAUUUAAAUUAGAAAAAAUAUCUUUUAUUAUCUGCU